AUGGGUUCCCCGGGCAAGAUAGAGACAAGGCUGUUCAUCAAUGGCAAGUUCGUCGAGUCUUCAGACGGAAAGACGUUCCCUAUCAGGUCACCAGCGACGAGGGAAGUUGUCGCCGAAGUGUACGAAGCCAGCGAAAAGGACACCGAUGCCGCUGUAGCUGCCGCUAAAGCAGCCUUUCCAGCAUGGUCUGCUCUCUCUCCUGCCGACAGAGGUGUGUAUAUGAAAAAACUGGCAGCCCUGUUGGUCGAAAGUGGCGAGGAAUUUUCUCGACUGGAGGCUCUUUCGAUGGGUCGGCCGGUGUCAACGUAUUACGACAAUCAGGCCGCUGCAAGCACCUUUGAGCAUUAUGCGGAGGCUGGGUAUGAUGCCCAAGGAGUCAGCAGCUUGAAUACCCCGGGUUUUGUCAACAUGACAUUCAAGCAGCCGUAUGGGGUCGUCGCGGCUAUCAUCCCCUGGAACGUUCCGCUUUUAUUCUUCGCAAGCAAGGUCGCCCCAGCUCUUGCAGCCGGAAACACUGUUGUCUUGAAGAGCAGCGAGAAAGCGCCCCUAACGUCCGCGAAAGCUGCCACUCUGAUCGAGAAAGCAGGGUUCCCUCCAGGAGUCAUCAACGUUAUAUCCGGACAUGGGCAGACGUCAGGAGCCAUACUAUCUUCGCACAUGGACGUCCGAGCCCUCAGUUUCACAGGGUCGUGCCGAACUGGUCGGCUCAUCCAGGCCGCAGCAGCAAAGUCCAAUCUGAAGCAUGUCGUCCUCGAGUUGGGCGGCAAGUCACCUGCCAUUAUAUUUGACGAUUGUGAUCUCGAAGAUGCCGUCCAGGAGACCAAAUUUAGCAUUCAAUUCAACAGUGGCCAAGUGUGCAUGGCCAACAGCAGAAUUUAUGUCCAAGACACCCUCGCCGAUAAAUUCAUCGAGGCGUUCAAGGAGCAGUUUGCCAAAGUAUCGGCCGGCGACCCGUUGGACGCCAACACCAACCAUGGUCCACAGGCUGAUUCUGUGCAAUACGACACGGUGCACAAAUAUAUCGCAGCUGGAAAGUCGGCUGGGAAACUGGCUCUUGGUGGCACGCCAGAUGUGCCGGGUCUUGCAGAGUCGAACCAGCAAGGUUAUUUUGUGCCCCCGACAAUCUUCCUGCACACUCCGGAAGAUGCCACAGUAAUGAAAGAGGAGAUCUUCGGACCUGUUGUGAAUAUCAAUACCUUCAAGACGGAGGAGGAAGUGAUUGCCAAAGCCAAUGAUAGCGAAUUCGGUCUGUACGCCGCGGUAUACACCAAGGACAUCAACCGAGCCAUGAGAUUUGCAAAGGCAUUAGAAGCAGGCACUGUUGCCGUCAACUGCACCAGUCCCACGACAGCAAAAGACAUGCCAUUCGGUGGCUACAAGAGUAGUGGCUCGGGUCGGGAAGGUUUCGGACACAGUCUGAACAAUUUCCUCGAGACUAAAACAGUCUUGAUCAAGAUCAAGUGA